AUGGCUGAACGUGUCUCCGUCUCCACCUCCACCUCCUUCAACCCUUCAAAGAGGAGUGACAGAACAGAGAGAAAAUUGAAAUAUAUAUGGCAACACUGAGUUCCACACCAUAUAUAGUAUUUCCUGUUCUUCUCUUUCUUCUUCUUCUUUCCAUAUCUUUUCUGUCACCCAUAAAUCAAAACCCUGAUCUCCGCUUCCAUCCAUCUUCUUCUUCAACUCCCAAUCAUUCACAGACCAAACACCAGACCCCAGAAGCGUCUUCGUUUCUGGGAAAUGUUUCCACGCAUGGGGUUCCCUCAACUUCCACUACCACUGGGGAAAAGAUGAGUCCUUUGGAGAGAAUUGAAGGUGGUCUGGCAAGUGCACGAGCGGCAAUACGUGAAGCAGUUCGUUCAAGCAAUUAUACUUCACAAAAGAAAGAAAAUUUCAUCCCUAGAGGAGCUGUUUACAGAAAUCCAUACGCAUUUCAUCAGAGUCACAUAGAAAUGGAGAAGAGAUUCAAGAUAUGGACCUACAAGGAGGGAGACCAACCCCUAGUGCAUGGUGGGCCAAAAAAUAGCAUCUAUGGCAUUGAAGGGCAAUUUAUGGAUGAGAUGGAAAGUGGAGACAGCCACUUCGUGGCGGGUCAUCCUGAUGAGGCUCAUGUCUUUUACAUCCCAAUAAGUGUAACUCGCAUUGCUCACUAUAUCUACUCUCCUCCUGUUGACUACUCUGGUCACAUGCUUCAACGAUUGGUCACAGACUACAUCUACGUUGUUUCAGAUAAAUAUCCAUAUUGGAAUAGAAGUAAUGGAGCUGACCAUUUCCUAGUCUCUUGCCAUGAUUGGGCACCAGAGAUUUCGAUUGUAACCCCUGACCUCUACAAGCAUUUCAUCAGAGUCCUUUGCAAUGCCAACACCUCCGAAAGGUUCCAGCCCAUCAGAGACAUCUCUUUGCCAGAAGUCAACAUACCCAAAGGCAAGCUCGGCCCACCUCACCUCGACAAACCCCCUAACCAGCGUCACAUCCUCGCCUUCUUCGCCGGCCGUGAAUCCGGCUACAUGCGAACCCUCCUGUUCAGGUCCUGGAAAGAAAAUGAUGACGAAGUCCAGGUGUACGAGCACCUUCCCAGCAAUCGAGACUACGCUAAAUCAAUGGGUGACAGCAAGUUUUGCCUGUGUCCAAGUGGAUGGGAAGUUGCCAGCCCCAGAGUAGUGGAAGCAAUCGCUGCUGGGUGUGUGCCUGUAAUCAUCUGCGAUUACUAUGUGCUGCCGUUUAGUGAAGUUCUUGUUUGGAGCAAGUUUUCCAUAAAUAUCACUUCGGACAAGAUACCGGAAAUUAAGAAGAUAUUGAAAGCGGUUCCGAACGAGAGGUAUUUGCGGAUGCAAAAGAGGGUGAAGCAAGUGCAGAGGCAUUUCGUGAUAAACCGGCCGGCGCAGCCCUACGAUAUGCUUCAUAUGAUUCUUCAUUCGGUGUGGCUAAGGCGCCUUAAUGUUAGGCUGCGGUCUUGACCAGUCCUCAUCGCCUUGUGUUCUAGGCUUCAACUUCUUGAUUCGUGUUAUACUUGUAGUGUGAAGUGACCUGGUGAAAGAAUUAAAAUUUGAUUAUGCAUUAACAAGAUCUUGUUAGAUUUUCAGAAA